ACAAGCGUACUCUGGCGCACCGGUAAGAAGCUCGCCGCAGAGCAAAGAUGGCGGCGGCAAUGCGCGCGGUGGAGGCUGGAGCAAGACUCAGCAUUGUGAUGGGCGGUUUCCGCGGCGCAGCCCGCAGCCUGUGUAGCCAGCCCGUCUCGGUUAACGAGCGCAUCGAGAACAAGCGGAGCGCCGCGCUGCUGGGAGGAGGCCAGCACCGCAUCACCGCGCAGCAUAAGAGAGGAAAGCUGACUGCCAGAGAGCGGAUCAGCUUGUUGCUGGACCCUGGCAGUUUUGUUGAGAGCGACAUGUUUGUGGAACACAGAUGUGCAGAUUUUGGAAUGGCUGCUGACAAGAAUAAGUUUCCUGGAGACAGUGUGGUCACUGGACGGGGCCGAAUCAAUGGAAGAUUGGUUUAUGUCUUCAGUCAGGAUUUUACAGUUUUUGGAGGUAGUCUGUCUGGGGCACAUGCCCAAAAGAUCUGCAAAAUCAUGGACCAGGCCCUGACAGUGGGGGCUCCAGUGAUUGGACUGAAUGACUCUGGGGGAGCACGGAUCCAAGAGGGAGUAGAGUCUUUGGCUGGCUAUGCAGACAUAUUUCUGAGGAACGUCAUGGCAUCUGGAGUCGUCCCUCAGAUUUCUCUGAUCAUGGGCCCAUGUGCUGGUGGGGCUGUGUAUUCCCCAGCUCUAACAGACUUUACUUUCAUGGUAAAGGACACCUCCUACCUGUUCAUCACUGGCCCGGAUGUCGUGAAGUCUGUCACCAAUGAGGAUGUUACUCAGGAGGAGCUCGGUGGUGCCAGGACCCAUACCACUAUGUCAGGUGUUGCCCACAGAGCUUUUGAAAAUGAUGUUGAUGCCUUGUGUAAUCUCCGGGAGUUCUUCAACUACCUGCCCCUCAGCAACCAAGACCCAGCUCCCGUCCGCGAAUGCCAUGAUCCCAGUGACCGUAUGGUUCCUGAGCUUGACACAAUUGUCCCCUUGGAAUCAACCAAAGCCUACAACAUGGUGGACAUCAUACACUCUGUUGUCGACGAGCGAGAAUUUUUUGAGAUCAUGCCCAAUUAUGCCAAGAACAUCAUUGUUGGUUUUGCAAGAAUGAAGGGGAGGACUGUCGGAAUUGUUGGCAACCAACCUAAUGUGGCUUCAGGAUGUUUGGAUAUUAAUUCAUCUGUGAAGGGGGCUCGUUUUGUCCGAUUCUGUGAUGCGUUCAAUAUUCCACUCAUCACUUUUGUUGAUGUCCCUGGUUUCCUGCCUGGCACAGCACAGGAAUACGGGGGCAUCAUCCGGCAUGGCGCCAAGCUUCUCUACGCAUUUGCUGAAGCAACUGUGCCCAAAGUCACAGUCAUCACCAGGAAGGCCUAUGGCGGUGCCUAUGAUGUCAUGAGCUCCAAGCACCUUUGUGGUGACACCAACUAUGCCUGGCCUACAGCGGAGAUUGCAGUCAUGGGAGCAAAGGAUUCGUGGAUGACAUCAUCCAGCCUUCCUCCACACGAACCCGAAUCUGCUCUGACCUGGAUGUCUUAGCCAGCAAGAAGGUACAGCGUCCUUGGAGGAAACAUGCAAAUAUUCCAUUGUAAACAAAUCAAAGGAAAAUAAACCAAGAGCCAAUUACCACCUGACCAUUUACACCUGUCCCUCCCUUUUACCUGAAAAUCUAAAUACCAGAAUAACAUGAAAUGGGGGCACCUGGAUGGCUCAGUUGGUUAAGCGUCCGACUUCGGCUCAGGUCAUGAUCUCACAGUCUGUGGGUU